AUGGCCAUGUAUAGUAUUGAGUACCAUUGCAGUUAUCGUCGUGAAUUGAUCAUAGAGCCUCAGCAGCGCACGUUGUCCUUGUUUUCAUCAGAAAGUGAGAUCUUAAUGGGUAGUAUCAAGCAGGAUGCUCGAAAUGACUGGACCUUGAGACCGGGGGUGAAGGAGAGCGGCUCCGCAAGGACGAUCUGUGUGCGACAUGCUUGCUGCGAUGCGUCGCAAAAGAGUUUCAAGAUUCUUGAUGGCAAUGAUAUGGCCAGCUGA